AUGUUAAGAAGAUUUAAAGUGAAUAAUAUUAGAAGAAUCAGUACAGCUGUUGAUGGUACUUCCUUGUAUAAAACCACUAUCUUACCUAAUGGUUUGACUGUUGCUAGUGAGUUUAUGCCGGGUACCAAAACUGCUACUGUAGGAGUGUGGAUUAAUGCUGGAUCUAGAGCUGAUAAUCCAAAAUCAAGUGGAACCGCCCAUUUCUUGGAACAUUUGGCUUUUAAAGGUACGAACAGAAGAACACAGUUGGGAUUAGAGUUAGAAAUCGAAAAUAUGGGAUCCCAAAUCAAUGCUUAUACUUCAAGAGAAAAUACCGUCUAUUAUUCUAAAUGUCUUGAUAGUAAGAUUGACGAGAACAUCGACAUUUUGAGUGAUUUGUUAACCAAAUCGAAAUUAGACCCUAGAGCUAUUGAAAAUGAAAGACAUGUAAUUUUACAGGAAAGUGAUGAAGUCGACAAAAUGUAUGAUGAAGUUGUUUUCGAUCAUUUACAUUCCAUUGCUUUCAAAAAUCAAGAUUUAGGUAGGACUAUCUUAGGACCAAGAGAGUUAAUCAAAACUAUUAACAGAACUGACUUGAAAACUUACAUCGAAACUAAUUAUAAAGGUGAUAGAAUGGCAUUGAUAGGAGUUGGUGCUGUUGAUCAUGAUGAAUUAGUUGAGAAGGCUAAUAAAUACUUUGGUCAAGCGAUCAAAAAAUCAGACAUCCCAUUCAAACAAAAUGGGGACGAUUUACCUAUAUUUCAUGGUGAUGAAGUAAGGAUCCAAGAUAGCUCGAUGCCUGUUACACAUAUAGCUUUAGGUGUGGAAAGUGCAAGUUGGUCAGCACCUGAUUUCUUCACUGCUUCAGUAGUAAGUGGAAUCAUCGGACACUGGGAUAGAUCUCUUGGUAUCGGAUCAAACUCCCCUUCUCCUUUAGCUGUAGCUGCAGCUUUUGGAGGUCCUAAUCAAAACCCUAUUGCCAAUUCUUAUAUGUCUUACACAACUUCUUAUGCCGAUACUGGUUUGAUGGGAGUUUACUUCACUGCCGACAAAGAUUGUGAUUUGAGAUUGUUCAUCAAUGAAUUCUUGAAUGAAUGGCAAAGAUUUAAAUCCGGUAACAUCACAGAAGAAGAAGUAGAAAGAGCAAAAUCACAAUUGAAAGCUUCAUUAUUAUUGGCUCUUGAUGAUUCCACAGCCAUCGCUGAGGAUAUAGGAAGACAAUUGGUCAACACCGGGUUCAGAUUGAGUCCUGAAGAAGCUUUUGAAAGAGUUGAAUCGAUUACCAGAAAAGACAUUGUUGAUUGGGCCAAUUAUAGAUUAAAAGACAAACCAAUUGCCUUAGCAGCUUUGGGUAAUGUCCAAACCUUACCUUCUCAUAGUGAAAUUCAAAGAGGUAUGUCUUCGUAA